AUGGAAGAGAGAGCGGAGAGGCGGCUAAAGGAAGAAGCAGAAAAAGAAGAGAGGCGCUUGGCAAGAGAGGCACAACGGGAGGCAAAGAAGAAAGAGGAAGAGAAGCGUAGAGCUGCCAAAAGAGCGCGCGAGAUUGAAGGAGAGAGUAACAAAGCUGGGCAGUCGGGACGGGGACCAAGAAAGAAGCGGAAGGAUCCUCCAAGUGAAACGAUUGCUGCCCCUUACCAGCUGAGCGGUGGUGGUUUGCCAGAGCCUCCAGCGUGUGACCCGGACGGAGAUAAUGCAGCUUUUGGUCCAGGCGGGCACGCUCUUGCAUGGCAGACGCAGCCAUUUCUGGCCCCAGGCCAGUACUACGGACUCAAUGGUACUACGGACUCAAUGGUACUACGGACUCAAUGGUACUACGGACUCAAUGGGCCCAAGCAGCUGCUCCUUUUGGGCUGCCUUCGGUGCAGAGCUUCUUUGCAGCUGCUCAAGCGCAGCGAGGAUGCGAUGGUGCAGCGGCCAGCUUGUCCGUUUUCUAGUUGGAAUGACAAGAUUGUGGAACGGACCGGAUUGCCCUGUGGGGGCAUCGCGCUGGCCGUGCAGGAAGGUGGUGAAGAGGUGGAACGUUUCGACAAGGAUUUUGUGCAAAAGUUUUCCAACUUUGACAGUGCGAGCAGCUGUUGGACAUCUGCUGCUAAGCCAGCCGUAAACGUUGGAGGAGAUUUGACCAGCAGAGAAGUGCCGCUGAUCCAAGGAGUUCCAUUGCUGAGGCAGCAUCUCAGCACGAAGCAUUGCUCGAAUUUCGGUACGGCUGGCCUGCACGCUGUUGUGGAUGCAAGCAUCGAGAAGCUUGGACACGAGGGCCUGUCUGGUAAAGGUGAAGAUGGUUACAUGGGGCAAGUGACGUCGUUCAUCAGGAAUUUCGAAGCUGGUGAGGAGCAGACUCCCUUUUGCGAGUCGGUCAGCAACCUCGUUGUGUUCUUGGGCCUGUUCAUUGGCGGAGAGAAUCUGGCGUGCACCUCAGCCUGUUGUGAGGUGCUGAGGGCUGUCUCGCUGGUGUGCUUUCACAUGCACAAUCUCGGUGGUGCCGGAACGGAGAGCAAUCUCGUCAAGAAUUCGAAGGAUAAGUGA